AACUCACAUCUUUUACACCGGACUUAGUGACUUGCUUCCUUUCUUUAGCGAGCUUCUCGACACCGUGACGGGACGCCACGUCGGCACCAGGUUGGAGGAUGAGCCAGUAGACCUGCUGCUGUUACCGGCAGCGGUGGUUGUGGCGGUGCGUUUGCCGUGGACUUUCGCACAUCGCGGCAAUAUGGAAGCACAGCUCUAACAACCCUCCCCGCACCCCUCGUCCUCCACACUCAACAGCAGAAGAGCGAGGCAGUGCGUGAGGAGUGUCAAGCCAGCGUGGAGGGGGAGUAGAGCGGAGCGGCGGGUUCCACUCUGACCAUGCCAGUGCGGCGAGGAAGGCCGCCUCUCUGCCGGUGGAGCCACAAUAUUGCGCUGCUACUACUGCUCGGACUGUUCUCUCUAAACACGCCAGUGCGCGGCAACAUAUUGGAUAGCAUGCUGCUGCGAGCGUCCAGUAGAGAGGCGGCGGCGGACGGCGGGAAGGAGAACGGUGGAAGCGCCUCCACGGCCUCCCCGGCCUCCCCGUCGCAGCGACUGCUUUGGUGCCACUGCUACCACCAUUGUCCAGAUGACACCACCAACAACACAUGCAGGACUGAUGGCUACUGUUUCACCAUGGUGGAGGAAGAAGGGGGCGUUCCAGUCUUGACCGCAGGUUGUCUGGGGCUGGUCGGGUCGGAGUUUCAGUGCCGAGACACAUGGAGCUUGCGUCAGAGGAGGUCACUUGAAUGCUGCACAGAUCAAGAUUACUGCAAUCGAAAGCUUCAUCCUACACUGUCGCCUCUCAAGCCGCCUCUAUAUGUUGACGGGAAGGUCCACCACAUGGCCUUGUUGAUCUCCGUCACAGUCUGCAGCAUCAUUCUGGCUGUUAUUAUUGUCUUCUGCUACUUUAGGUAUAAGCGUCAGCUGUCCCGUCCCCGCUACACCAUCGGCCUUGAACAGGAUGAGACCUACAUUCCUCCCGGAGAGUCCCUGAAGGACUUGAUAGAGCAGUCGCAAAGCUCUGGUUCAGGUUCAGGGCUCCCCCUGUUGGUGCAGAGGACGAUCGCCAAGCAGAUCCAGAUGGUGAAGCAGAUCGGCAAAGGCCGCUACGGCGAGGUGUGGAUGGGCCGCUGGCGAGGAGAGAAAGUGGCAGUAAAAGUCUUCUUCACCACCGACGAGGCCAGCUGGUUCCGGGAGACCGAGAUCUACCAGACGGUCCUCAUGAGACACGAAAACAUACUGGGAUUCAUCGCAGCGGACAUCAAAGGCACGGGCUCGUGGACGCAGCUGUACCUGAUCACUGACUACCACGAGAGCGGCUCGCUGUAUGACUACCUCAAGUCCACCACGCUGGACUGCAAAGCCAUGCUACGGCUGGCCUACUCAUCCGUGUCGGGCCUGUGCCACCUCCACACGGAGAUUUUCGGCACGCAGGGCAAGCCCGCCAUCGCCCACAGGGACCUGAAGAGCAAGAACAUCCUGGUCAAGAGGAACGGCGCAUGCUGCAUCGCCGACCUGGGCCUCGCCGUCAAGUUCAUCAGCGACACCAACGAGGUGGACAUCCCGCCCAACACCCGAGUGGGCACCAAGCGCUACAUGCCGCCCGAAGUUCUGGACGAGAGCCUCAACAGGAGCCACUUCCAGUCGUAUAUCAUGGCCGACAUGUACAGCUUCGGACUCAUCCUGUGGGAGGUCGGCCGCCGCUGCCUUUCGGGAGGCAUCCUGGAGGAGUACCAGCUGCCCUACCACGACCUGGUCCCCACCGACCCAUCAUACGAGGACAUGCGAGAGGUGGUCUGCGUCAAGAGACUACGGCCCUCCUUCCCUAAUCGCUGGACGAGCGAUGAGUGUUUGCGUCAGAUGGGGAAGCUGAUGACAGAGUGCUGGGCUCACAAUCCGGCCUGUCGCCUUACGGCCCUGCGGGUGAAAAAGACACUGUCCAAGAUGUCCGAAUCGCAGGAUAUCAAGUUGUGAGGCUUGCGCUUACUUGCACACGCGGGUGUCAAUUGGGUGCUUUCUGUGAAAGCUAACUUAGCUGCGGUAGAAAAAGAAGCGUGAAUGGUCCCUUGAAAGAGGACGUUUCAAGGAGCACGGACUGGCACUAUGUGACAAAGUGGACUGUGAGGCUUUCGCAACUUUUUUUGCCCUUCAUGCUGGUUACAUUUGUAGAGUGUACAAAUGUUUUACGUUUUCUCCCUGUCAUGGCUUAUGUAUUUUCCAUGUAA